AUCCGGCUGCCUUUGACCACCUUGUUUGUCUCCCCUCUCUGCCCCGCGCAAUCCAUUCUCCUCCACCUUCUUUAUAAUAGGCCUCAUCUUGCGCGCUAGAUUCUCGGCUCUAUCUCUCUCUUUCUUUUUCUCUUUUUCCACAAGUGAGGUCAUUCUUUCAUUCUCUGCCGGUUGGCCACCUGUCGUGGGACACCCCUCCGAUCUGCUUCCGCUCUGAGCCACUUUCGAACCACUACCGAGCCAUCCCCGCCUUAGCUUUAACAUCGUCCAGGUCAUGUAUUGAGACUUCUUCUUCCUUGAUCGUCGCCUUGUAUCAUGUCCUCGGAUGCAGCGGCGUUCCCCUCUCCACCGGACUUUGCGCCGUGGGAUAAUGCCAGUCGUCCUCGGUCUCUCGGGGCCAUGCCGACAAGCGGGCGGCCAACCGGAGUGGCACCGCAGAGCGCUCUGGCAAGUCAACCGCCAGUGUUUCCCAACAUAAAGGACCUACAGGAUGAAGCGGCAGCUUUGGAUGUCAAUGAGAAUGCCUCGCUCAGUGUUCUACUUGAGCGAGCGCAAGUGGCUAUAAACCAAGCCCGUGAGCUUUCCGAUAGCGACCAACUAGACCGAGCCUAUGUGCAGUACCUUCGUGCCUCCGAGAUCACCAUCAACAUCAUUCCACAUCAUCCCGAUUAUCGUGCGACUGCCAGCCAACGACCGGCAUGGUUCAAAAGAUUUGCCGAACUAAUGAUGGCCGUGCGGACGAAGCAAGGCACGAUGGAUGAUAUCAAACAACAAAUCGUGGAGAACAACCUAAUGACAAAUGUACAACCAGUGGGAUCGCCGCAAUCGCAUUCAAAUCGGCCCAAGUCAGAAAUCUUGACGAGCAGUACCUCUUCUCUGAACAAUUCCGCGCAGAUGCCGAUUCUGUCGCAUCAUCAACAAGAUUUCGAACUACAGACGAACAAGAACCGGUACUCGAGUCCACCAACGGAUGCACUUGCUCAAAGGUUUGCGAAGCUUAAAAUGUCACCACCUUCUGAUAGCACCAACUUAGACUCUGCGCGAAAUGGCAUGAAAGGGUUAGAGCCUGCACCACAAGACUAUCAAUGCCAAUCGCCGGCUCAAGCGCCAUUACAGAGCUCGGCUUUGAGUUCUCCGACGAGAAAGCCUCUAGGACCCCGCAGCAUGGGAUCCCCUCACAGCAUCCCUGCUCUACCCCCAAAGGUUCCUCUCAACACAUCUCUUCCGCGAGCGCCCGACCCAGCCUAUAGUCCAAUUUGGACUGUGCCGUCACAGGGGCCUCCAAACCCGCCACGGACCUCGACAGAAAGUUCUCGUCCAGUCAACCCACGAUACUCGCAGCUCGCGAAUUCACCUCACGGAAGUCCCAGCCGGAACGGGUUCGAUGACAAUCCUUACAGGUCAAGGACACCGAAUGGUGUCCAUCAGAUAAAGGAGGUCCGGAGCAGUAGUUCUGAUCUACCGCACAGCACUACGAUCACACCGACGGACCUCAUUGAUUACCUUCGCAAAUAUAAUAUCCUGUUGAUUGAUGUGAGGCCCCGGGAUCAAUAUGAUAGUGGACACAUCUAUGCUUCUUCGAUCAUAUGUGUUGAGCCAGUGGUAUUGAAGGAGAACGUAUCCGCGGAAGAGCUAGAAGAGCGCCUUGUGGUAUCGCCGGAGUAUGAGCAAUCCUUGUUCGAGCGACGGAACGAGUUUGACAUGGUGGUUUAUUAUGACCAGAGAACGGCUUCGGUCAGUUAUCUUGCUGGCUCUCCAGUUGGCACGACGGCUCCCCAUCUUCGAGCGCUGUACGACACGCUCUAUGAGUUCAACGCCUAUAAACCUCUGAAGGAUGGUCGGCCGCCAGCACUACUGCUCGGCGGCCUCGAUGCAUGGGUUGAUCUCCUUGGCCAACAAUCGCUUGCUACAUCAUCUACUGCUGCUGUGAUGGGAUCCUUGCAGGCAAAACGACCACUACGAAGGCCUGGGCGACCACUUGGAAGAGUGCCCACCAUGGUCAGCGCUAACUCCAGCUUAGAGGUCAGGAAACGACGACUGCGCGAAUACAAACCUCUGAACAACCAGGAACUCACCGAGUGGAUGGAAAAGUCUAAGACUGAGGAAAUCGAUACCAGUACCUAUGUGGAAGAAGAUGAAGAAGCAUUGACGGAGGACCAUGAAGAAGAAAAGGCCCCUGCCUCACCCUUUGUCCAAAAUUAUGAAGAUUUCCUACGCCGCUUUCCCGAGCCCGGUGUAAUCCAGCAGUCAAUGGUGGCGCCACACAUCCGACCAGCGGGUACAGCUGCUCCCAAUUAUGCUGCACCCAUGCCUGUCGCUCCUUCGCGGCCGCCUCCGGCAGUUCCCCGACCCAGCUAUAGUGGUGUUGCCGACAGCCGGCAUAUCCAGCCUACUCUUGAGCGGCAGAGUUCAGCCACGAAAACGGCCCUCUACACGCCCCUAUCUAUGUUGAGCCGGCUUAAGCUGCCCCGGACGGGGUUGACUAACUUUGGGGUGACCUGUUACAUGAAUUCUACUCUCCAGUGCUUGAGCGCGACUUUGCUGCUAAGCAAGUUCUUCAUUGACAAUCGGUUUCGUUACUAUGUUCAGAAGAAUUGGAAAGGGUCCCAGGGCGUCAUGCCGGGGCUUUUUGCGAACCUGAUCCGGUCGUUGUGGAAGAACGAUGUCGAAGUCAUCAUGCCGACCUCAUUCCGGAACUUCUGCGGGCGGUUGAAUCAGGAGUGGGCGAUUGAUCGCCAGCAAGAUGCCAAGGAAUUCUUCGACUUUGUGGUGGACUGCCUGCAUGAGGACCUCAAUAUCAAUUGGCAGCGUAACCAGCUCCGGCCUCUCACGUUCGAGGAAGAGAUGCAGCGGGAGCGGAUGCCAGUCCCUAAGGUGUCUAAAAUCGAGUGGGAUCGGUAUUGUCAUCGCGAGGAGUCCUUCAUCUCCUCGCUCUUCGCCGGUCAACAUGCGAGUCGGCUGCGCUGCACCACCUGCAAGCGGACCUCGACCACGUAUGAGGCCUUCUACAGCAUCAGCGUGGAAAUUCCUCCAUCUGGCACGGGAGACAUCUACCAGUGUCUUCGUAGUUAUUGCCAGGAGGAAUUGCUGAGCGGCGACGAGGUGUGGAAAUGCCCGUACUGCAAGUGUGAGCGCGUUGCGACCAAGCAGAUCAUCAUCACGCGGGCACCUCAGAUCCUGGUGAUCCACUUCAAGCGGUUCUCAGCAUCCAAGACGCAGAGUGCACGGAAGAUCCACACCCCGAUCGACUUCCCGCUGCAUGGGCUGCGGAUGGAUGAUUUCGUGUUCUCUGCGCCGACUCCGACCUCCCUUCCGAACGGUUCAUCGGCGACGACCCCCUCGGAGACGACGAACGCCACGGCCCCUCCCUUCACGUACGAUGCAUACGGCGUGCUGCGGCACAUUGGAUCGUCGAUGGGCAGCGGGCAUUAUAUCUCUCUGGUGCGCGAUGCGCAGCGACAAUGCUGGCGGAAAUUUGACGAUGAGCGGGUGACGGACUUCAACCCGCGCGAUCUGCGACCCAAGGAGCGGUUGCAGAAUGAGCAAGCUUACAUUGUAUUUUAUGAGCGAGUGCCUGCCAAAUGAGAGGUUUGGCAAGCAGUUGUUGUGUGAUUUUGUUGAGAUACUGCAUUUCCCCAUCUCCGGCAAGCUUUAUUUCUGACCUUUGUGUUACUGGGCCAGUCUGUGGGUGGCCUGGAUUGCCCUCCGAAACGACCGGGAAUCCGAUUGGCAUGAUAUAACUACAACAUUUACUGCAUCUUUCCAUUUUCUUUGGCUGGAAUGUUUCUGGCAAAGAUACGACUGCAUGAUGACGGGAUGGAUGAAUUGUUAGCAUGUGACGAACUAUACCUUUUGUUCCCCUUUUCAGUUUUUGUGGUUUAGUCAGUUUAGAACUGUUGUACAGCAUGGAUGCAUGGAUAUUGAAUAGGUAGCGUGAUAUAUAUUCAGCGAGCAUAAAUG